AUGUCUUGUUUACAUUUCUGUUUUAUAUUAGCGUUAAUUCAUGUAUCAUUUUGUUUUAACAUCAGCGAGACUGAUAAUAAGGAAAUUGUUAGAUCAAACUCAUCGUCUCUCAUAGAUUCUGAGGAUGCGGAUUUAAAUAUAACUCGAUUAGUAACAAAAUAUGGCUAUAACAUAGAACAGCACAAAGUGAUCACAGAAGAUGGCUAUGUUUUGACCGUUUAUAGAAUACCACCGAGAAUUAAUUUAAAGAGAAAUAUUCCGAUAUUUCUCAUGCACGGUCUUUUAGACUCUUCAGAUGCUUGGAUACUGCAAGGACCUAAAUAUGCUUUGGCUUACAUCUUAGCAGACAAAGGCUUCGAUGUAUGGAUGGGUAACGCUAGAGGAAAUAAAUACUCGACAGAGCAUACAUCAUUGAAACGAAGCGGAAGCGAGUAUUGGAAGUUUUCUUGGGACGAAAUCAGCUAUUACGAUCUACCAGCCAUGAUAGAUUACACGCUUAAGGAAACAGGAUUUAGAAAAUUAUACUACGUUGGACAUUCACAAGGAACAACCACGUCUUAUGUUAUGAUGUCCCUAAGACCGGAAUACAAUAAUAGAGUUGAUUUAAUGUUUUCAUUGUCACCGGUUGCGUGGAUGAGUAACGCUAAGAGUUUUAUGUUGAAACUGUUCGCGCCGACAUAUGGUUUAUUGAACUACCUACCAUCGAAUACUUACGUCGAUCAUUAUAACACGAUAUUAGGUUUGAUAUGUAAAUAUUUUCUGACGGCCUGCGAUAAUUAUAUACAGCAAGUUAUAGGACACGAUUUUAAGUAUACGGAGCCGCAUUUCUUGAGAGUCAUCUUCGCCCAUACGAGCAGUGCAGGGUUAAGACAGUUCUUUCAUUACGGACAACUAUAUAGUUCUGGAAGAUUCUGCCGCUAUGAUUACGGUUUGAUAGAAAAUCUACUGAAAUACAAAAGUGUUACGCCGCCAGAAUAUGAUUUGACCAAAGUAACUGUUCCCAUACAGUUAUUCUAUAGUGAUAACGAUUGGUUGUCAAAUGUAACUGACGUUAAAAUACUAUAUAGUAAGCUUCCGAACGUCGCCGCUACGUAUAGAUUGAAUAAAUUUAACCACUUGGACUAUCUGUACGCUAAAGUAGCGAGAGAUUUGGUAUACAACAAAAUUAUUCAAGAGAUCGAAGAAAAAGAGACCAUCGGUAAAUAA